AAAAGAAAUGCAGAAAACCCAUCGAUUGACUCGAAAAGCUCGCUCCGAGUUUCCUUGAAGGGAGAGAAAUGGAUAAUACGAAGAUGGCGAAAAGGUUUCAGGGGAAGGUCGCCAUUGUUACUGCUUCCACUCAAGGUAUUGGCUUCCGAAUCGCUCAACGUCUCGCCUUGGAAGGUGCCUCUGUCGUCAUUUCUUCCCGCAGACAGAGAAACGUCGAUGAGGCCGUUGAAAAACUCAAAGCUGAAGGACUUGAAGUGUUGGGGAUUAUUUGUCAUGUAUCAAAUGCACAGCAAAGGAAGAAUCUGGUGGAAAAGACUAUCCAGAAAUAUGGAAAAAUAGACGUAGUUGUAUCGAAUGCAGCUGUCAAUCCAUCAGUCGAUUCAAUUUUGCGAACUCAAGAAGCUGUUCUUGACAAGCUGUGGGACAUAAAUGUUAAAGCUUCAGUCCUCCUUCUGCAGGAUGUAGCUCCUCACUUGCAGAAAGGCUCUUCAGUUGUUCUAAUUUCCUCCAUUGAAGGGUUCCAGCCUUCUGCCUUAUUGGCCAUGUAUGGGGUGACAAAAACAGCUCUUCUUGGACUGACUAAGGCUCUUGCAGCAGAGAUGGCCCCCAACACUCGUGUAAACUGUGUCGCACCCGGUUUCGUGCCAACACACUUUGCUGAUUUCCUUGUGUCUAAUGAGGCCAUUAAGAAGGAGGUUGAGUUAAAGACAUUACUCAAUCGGCUCGGUACGACGGAGGACAUGGCUGCUGCCACCGCCUUCCUGGCAUCGGAUGAUGCUUCGUACAUUACAGGUGAAACUCUGGUGGUGGCGGGGGGGAUGCCUUCCAGACUCUAGCUCCUUUCCUUUCUAUAUCCUCUGGUUUUUGUUGUCAGAAAUAAAUAUCAAUAAGCUCUUAUGCCUUUAUCCCUUCACUGGUUAUUCAGAAAUACAUUUUGAAGUUACAUAAAACAUUGUUUACGCUAUCUAUUAGAGAGAGGAAUAAAACAUAGUUUAUAAA